CUUUUACACCGAGGUUGAUUAAUCACGUGACUAGCCGAGUGAAAAUGGCGGAGAAUUAUGAGAAGGAAAGUGUGAUCGGAUCUGGAACUUUUGGCCGUGCAUGGCUUGUGGUUUCGAAAAUUAACAAAAGAAAAUACGUACUGAAAGAAAUCCUGGUCCGAGGCCUGUCUAAGAAGCAAAGAGAGCAAAGUUUGACGGAGGUGGCUGUCCUUUCCCGGUGCAAGCAUUGGAACAUCAUUCGUUACAAAGAUGCCUUUGUCACAAGCAACAUGAUGUUGAACCUUGUCAUGGAGUUCGCAGAUGGAGGUGAUCUUAGUCAGAAGAUUCAGCAGCAAAAUGGCCAGCACUUUUCAACAGAGGUGAUCCUUGAUUGGUUUGUCCAGAUUUGCUUUGCUUUGAAAUACAUCCAUGGGCAGAAAUUUCUUCACAGAGAUCUGAAAACCCAGAAUGUCUUCCUGACCUCAGAGAAUGUGAUAAAAGUAGGAGACUUUGGAAUUGCAAAGAUGCUUGAAGGCAGCCAGGACCAUGCUGACACUGCCAUAGGAACUCCAUACUAUCUCAGUCCUGAGAUUUGUCAGCAGAAGCCUUACAAUUAUAAGACUGACAUGUGGUCCCUUGGCUGUAUUUUGUAUGAGCUGAUAUGUCUGACCCAUGCCUUUGAUGGAUCUAAUUUCACAUCACUUGUGGUGAAAAUAAUGCAAGGAAAAUACAAGCCCAUUCCAAGAAAGUUUGGCCCACUGUUGGAUGACCUUGUUGCUGUGUUACUUCGCCUUGAGCCAGAGAGCCGCCCUUCCGCACAACAGAUUCUGUAUAUUCCUGCCAUCAAGUCCUAUGUGGAGAACUGUGUGUUGAGACAGAGGGAAGUGUAUGAGAAAAAACUCAGUGGUAGCAUUACAGAUACCCCACAGCCACAACCUGGGCAGAGGGAAACAAGCUUGCACACUACUGAUGCCUCUAAUACUCCGGAAAUCCCUCAGAGAGUGACAAAGAAAUUUUCAUCUUUCCUACCGGAAUCACCCAAAAGGGCUUCCCUUGGUACUCCAGACGUAUCAAGACGUGUGAAAAAGAAGGCCCCAUCUUGCACCCCAGAGUCUGCAAAAGAGAAGACUGCUUUUAAGACUCCAGAUAUACCAAGUUGGGUUAAGGACUCUUCGAAAGAAGCAAGACGCCCAUCAGCCAAAAAGGGUCAGUUGUCCAGUGAUUCAUCCCAUGUCCCAAUACAAAACCUCAAUGAACGAACACCACCAAAAAUGCACAGAGAUGACACACAUGCGCAGGAAAUUGCUGGCCGAACAAGAACUUUUUCAUUCCGCACACCCAGGCAACAUAGACCAGUGGUAUCCUGCAAGCGUACAAUGAGUAUUGAUAGGGCAACAGUAAGAAAAAGGAACAAGCUCUCUAUGCCUCCAGAUUCCCAAACAACUUUGGUCCAGACUAUUUUAAAGCAAAAAGAGAAAGAACACCAACUAUUUGGAGACUCCAUUGCAGUGUUAGAGAAUGAUCCGCCAGUAUUCAAAUUAAGUCACAAAUCAAGACAACUACAAGACAUUACAAACUUAUCCCAAGAGAGAAUGAGAAGGCUUUCAAGUUUAACAUACAGUGUCAAGAAGCUGCUGUGUACAAAUAGAAACAAAGAACAGACUCAAGUUCAGAAAAAUAAGCAUCCCGAAUUGUCACAAUUACCAGUUGAUGAUGAUGAUGUGUUUACAGGAAAUGAUGUUUUAAAUGAAAAAGGGAAAUCAAAAGUGUCAAAAUUCAGUGAUGCCAGCAAGGGUGACGAUGUUCAAGCUAAAGUGAAUCAAUUGUUGCUCACUAGUUACAAGUUGAACUUACAUUCAACUUAUGCAACUAUGGAGAUGAUAAGUUCUUUUUUAGAACGACAACUUGGUCUUGAGCAGUUUGGGAAAACCUACUCUGAUAUCAGAAACUGGUUACAUGGCUGUCAUUUUGAUGACAUAUCUUGUAUUAGGCAAAUGGUAUAUACACCACUGAUUCUACGGCUUAUAGAACUAGAAGAAAAGUGAUGGAAGUGCUUUGGUUUUUCAAAGAUAUAACAUAAGCCACAUCAGCUGCCAAGAAUGAUUUUCAGGUGGAUUUGGAUUGUCAAUAUAUGACGCCACUACCAGUAAUUUAACUGAAUUAUUGAUAUUUAAAUAUGCCUUGUUAAUUCAAACUGGUUUCCAAAGUCUUUGUUUGACACAAGCUGGUCUUAUUUUUCACCUGCAUAAAAUUCAUAUUUUAUAAAGCUACUAAGUAAUUUGUAUAAUUUUGAUGAAAUAUGCAGCAAGCUUUCAGAAGAGACUGUUGAUUUUACAUAUUUUAGUUAUCAUACAAAAAGCAUGCGACUAUUUAUAUUUUACAAUG